AUCACAGUAAACGCAGCAGACCCACGUGACACGUAUAAACAGUGUUAAAGACGAAGAGCAAGAUGACAGCAAACAGUUGUGUGACAUCCAUCCGACGUGAUUCCAUCAAACAAGCUGACAAACCACAGAUCCACCUGUUACCUUGUGAAGUAGAGCAUGACGGACCCGCCGAAGUCCUCAAGUUCUUUAAUCCCACAGUGAAGGAACGCAAACACGAAACCACAGUGUCAUUCAGAGGCCGAGGGCUGAAGGGUCAGGAGUUGCAUUGCCCACAAGGAUACACAGGAGUAGUGCUGAAAGAGGUCCAGAAGCCAGCAUCUGAUCAAGAGGACAGAAUAGUUAAAGUUUCUUCAGUGUUUCAUAAUUUCACAUACUGGAAUUUGGAGACGCCUCCCACAUCUGAUGACGGAGUUGUGAUGGCGAUGGCAUGGCCUGAGUUAGCAGAGGCGAUGCAUGGACCAGUGGAUGACUGAUAAUGGAUGCUGUUUUAUUGUGGAGGUCUGCUUCUUUUCAAGUACACUGUUACAGUUAAACAAAUGUGAAAUUGACCUUUUGCUGGAAGACCACCAUUUUUAACACACUUACCAUGAAUGUCACAAUCUAACAAUCUAUUAAAGUGUUGUUUUAUUGUU